AUGAACGCACCCUUCCGCGAUGCGUCAAGUCACCCGUUGAGAAUGUCAUCUCUUUCUGUAGCUGAUCUCUUUGGCGUCAAGGGCCGAGUUGCCCUGGUGUCCGGGGGAUGCUCGGGCCUUGGACUGAUGAUCGCAAAGGGUCUGGUGUCGAACGGUGCAAAGGUGUAUGUCACUGCCUUACCGACGGAUGAUAUUGAAACGGUGGUGGCUGAGCUGAAUGACAUGGGGAAGUCAUCGGGGGGGAAGGCUGUAGGAUUUGCGAGUGAUAUAUCUUCCAAAGAAGGGAUCGCUGCUGUCGCAAAAGAACUCGAAAAGCAUGAAACUCACCUGGACAUUCUCUGCUCAAACGCCGGAAUCAGGAGAGACCCACUGAAGAUGUGCGACGUCAAAACUGCAUCUUUGGAUGAACUCCAAGAGUCUCUGUGGUCUUCGCGACAUUCAGAUUGGGAUGAUACAUUCCGUGUCAAUGUCACAGCCCACUACUUUCUGUCAGUUGCGUUGCUAAAAUUGCUGGUCGCAGCGAGCAAUCUUGACAUUGGGAAUGGCCGAAGAGGUCGAGAUGAGGGUCGAGGGGUGAUGAUAAUUACUAGCAGCUGUGCUAGUAUGCAUAACUGCACAAAUGUCGAUUUGACCAGCUAUGCGGCCAGCAAAGCGGCAAUUGAUCAUUUGGUCGCGCUCUUGGCGAGCAAGUUCGCGAGAUGGUAUGUCAGAGUCAACGCCAUCAAUCCAGGCUUUGUCCCUAGCAAAAUGAACCCCGUUGAAGAGGGCGAUAAUCAAUUUGCAGAGCUUUUCAAGGCAAUGCCAGCAGCGAGGAUAGGCAAAUUGGAAGAUAUUGCAGGAGCAGUGCUCUAUCUGAGCAGCCAAGCUGGGGCGUAUGUGGACGGGAGAUGCCUUUGUGUCGAUGGUGGACGAGUUCUUCUGGCCAACGGUCAAUAG